UGUAAGAACAAAUGCCUUUCUAAUCAAUCUCGGCCGUCAACGCUAAAUCCAACGGCCCAGGCCUCUCUACCCCUCGUGCUUAUCACUCCCUCCUUCACUCCAGCACUGCUUUCUCUUUCCCCUCAUCUCUCUCUCUUUCUCUCUCUCGCUCUCUCUCAAUGGCGAGAGUGAUCGCUGAUCAUCGACCUGCUUAGCGUCUUUCUCACGAGUAAAUUUGAAAUCGGAAGAACGAAACGUAUCCUUCAACACCGUUCAACGGGCGUCUGUUAAUCUUCACCAAAUGCUGUUUUUUCUAGCUUCCAGAUUCAUGCUUUCGAUCCAGGAAUAACUUAUUGUAAACUCAAACAUCGUAGAGGUUCGAGCUCCUACCGUUUUUCCCAGCUCAAAGCCUCGAUCUUUGCACGAUUUGUAGUGCUUUGUUACUCGUAUGGGAGAAUCGCCUGUAGUAUAAAGAUGAUGUCCGAUAUUACAAUGCGAUCGAUGCUCGGAAACUCUGACUACGGCGAAGAAUUGGGGAAAGAGCUCGGGGCUUUGCUCCGGGAGCAGCGAAGGCAGGAGGCGAGUGAUCGAGAGAAGGAGCUGAGUCUUUUCCGAAGUGGGUCAGCUCCACCGACGGUCGAAGGGUCGUUAAGUGCCGUCGGAGGCUUGUUCGGAGACUCCACGUCCUUUUCGGGGUUCGGCGGUGGCGGUGGCGGUGGAAAAGGGUUUGCGACGGAGGAGGAAUUGCGGUCCGAUCCUGCGUACAUUUCAUAUUAUUAUUCGAACGGGAAUCUGAACCCGCGGCUUCCGCCACCGCUGCUGUCGAAGGAAGAUUGGAGGUUUGCGCAAAGGUUACAGGGGGGUGGCGGAGCUGGGGUUCCUGGUUCUGCGUUGGGAGGAAUUGGGGAUAGGAGGAAGGUGAUCAGAGCAAUUGGUGAUGAUCCUGGAAAUGCAAACGCUGCACUUUUUUCAAUGCAGCUGGGGCUUGAUGGACAGAGGGAAGAAAAUGGGACUGAUUCGAGGAAAGCUGUGGCAGAGUGGGGCGGCGAUGGGCUUAUAGGAUUGCCCGGGUUAGGACUCGGUAGUAGACAAAAGAGCCUUGCGGAGAUCAUUCAGGAUGAUUUAAGUCAGCCAACAUCUGUCUCGAGACACUCUUCUCGUCCAGCCAGCCGCACUGCAUUUGAUGGCAAUUCUGAAACUUCUGAUACUCAAUUUGCUCAUCUACAUCAUGAGUUAACAUCCAUGGAUGCUUUGCGUUCUGGUGUGAAUAACAAGGGCAUGUCUACAGCGCAGAGCAUUGGUUCAUCGGCUGCACAUACUUAUGCCUCUGCAUUGGGUGCGUCUUUAUCGAGAAGCACCACCCCUGACCCUCAACUUGUAGCUAGGGCUCCUAGCCCUCGCAUUCCACCUGUUGGAGGAGGAAGGACUAGCUCUAUGGAUAAAAGAAGUGUCAAUGGCCCUAACUCAUUCAGUGGGGUUGCAUCUGGUAUCAAUGAGUCUGCUGAUCUUGUAACUGCUUUUUCUGGAAUGAGCCUGUCAGCAAAUGGUAUGGUGCAUGAGGAGAACCGAUUGCACUCACAAAUUCAGCAUGGAAUGGAUGAUCGUCAAAACCUCUUCAACAUGCAAGGUGAUCAGAACCAUAUCAAACCACAUUCAUAUUUAAAUAAGUCUGAAUCUGGGCAUUUUGGCCUUCAUUCAGUUUCCCACUCUGUUAAAGGAUCAUAUCCCGCAAUUGGUAAAGGUAGUGGGGUUGGCAUGGAUCUGAACAACUCUUCCUUGAUAGCUGAUGGACAAGUUGAGAUGCACAAACCUGUUGCCUUGUCUUCUAACUCAUUCAUAAAAGGACCCUCUGCUCAAACCCUCUGUAAUGGAGGAAGCUCACCAACUCACUAUCAGAAUGUGGAUACUUCAAAUUCUUCAUUUUCAAACUAUGGAUUGAACAGGUAUGCUAUUAAUCCUGCAUCCCCAUCCAUGAUAGGAAACCAGCUUGGAAAUGGUAAUUUGCCACCAUUAUUUGAAAAUGUUGCUGCUGCAUCAGCAAUGGGAGUCUCUGGCAUGGACUCCAGAGUUGCUUUAGGAACAAAUUUAAUGGCUGCAGCAGCAGAAUUGCAGAAUCUUAGUAGGGUGGGAAAUCAUACUGCAGGAAGCGCUGUUCAGGUGCCUCUCAUGGAUCCACUGUAUCUUCAGUACCUGAGGUCAACAGAGUAUGCAGCACCCCAGGUUGGGGCUAUUAAUGAUCCCUCAAUGGAUAGGGAAUACAUGACUAAUUCAUACAUGGAUUUACUUCAAAAAGCUUACCUGGGAUCAUUGCUUUCGCCUCAGAAAUCACAAUAUGGUGUACCCUAUAUUGGUAAAUCUGGUAGUAUGAAUCAUGCUUACUAUGGAAAUCCAGCAGUUGGCCUUGGCAUGUCAUAUCCCGGAAGCCCAUUGGGAGGCCCUCUUCUUCCGAACUCCCCUGUUGGAUCUUGUAGUCCUGUCAGGCACGGUGAGCGGAACAUGCGGUUUCCUUCUGGCAUGAGAAACAUUGGUGGGGCUGCAAUGGGAGGAUGGCAGUCAGAAGCAGGAGGUAGCUUAGAUGAUGGUUUUGCGUCCUCAUUACUGGAUGAGUUCAAGAGCAAUAAAACGAAAUGUUUUGAACUUUCGGAAAUUGCUGGUCACGUUGUGGAGUUUAGUGCUGAUCAGUAUGGGAGUAGGUUUAUCCAGCAGAAGCUUGAGACUGCUACAACAGAAGAGAAAAAUAUGGUUUUCCAUGAAAUUAUGCCCCACGCACUUACGCUGAUGACUGAUGUGUUUGGAAAUUAUGUAAUCCAGAAGUUUUUUGAGCAUGGAACUGCAUCCCAAAUUAGAGAGCUUGCUGACCAGUUAACUGGGCAUGUCCUAACCCUAAGCCUUCAAAUGUACGGCUGUAGAGUAAUUCAAAAGGCUAUUGAAGUCGUUGAUCUAGACCAGCAGACUAAAAUGGUUGCAGAGCUUAAUGGUCAUGUUAUGCGCUGUGUGCGUGAUCAGAAUGGAAACCACGUCAUCCAGAAAUGUAUUGAAUGCAUACCUCAAGAUGCCAUAGAGUUCAUCGUCUCAACAUUUUAUGACCAAGUUGUAACACUGUCUACUCAUCCAUAUGGUUGUCGUGUCAUACAGAGAGUCUUAGAGCACUGCAAUGACUCAAAAACCCAGCGUAAAAUGAUGGAUGAGAUUUUACAAUCUGUUUGCAUGUUGGCACAAGACCAGUAUGGGAAUUAUGUUGUUCAGCAUGUACUGGAGCAUGGAAAGUCACAUGAACGUUCUGCUAUCAUUAAGAAAUUAACUGGGCAGAUAGUUCAAAUGAGCCAACAGAAGUUUGCUUCCAAUGUUGUAGAAAAGUGCCUGACUUUUGGAGAUCCUGUGGAACGCCAGAUUUUGGUGAAUGAGAUGCUUGGUUCUACUGAUGAGAAUGAGCCUCUCCAGGCGAUGAUGAAAGAUCAGUUUGCGAAUUACGUUGUACAGAAAGUGCUGGAGACUUGCGACGAUCAACAACUUGAACUGAUUCUUAAUCGAAUUAAAGUUCAUUUGAAUGCUCUGAAGAAGUAUACCUAUGGAAAACAUAUAGUUGCCCGAGUAGAGAAACUUGUUGCAGCUGGGGGUGGGCCUUCUCUUUCUUUUACCUCCAAUCUUUCAAGUUACUUUACUUUCUACUACACCCUGUGUUUUGUUUGCUCUGGGUACGCAAUUUCCUUUUUAUACUUAACAAUUCUUUCUAGUUACUUUACUUUCUAUUCAUACACACGGGAAAAAAAUGACCAUGUUUGUUUACUUUUGCAGAAAAUUUUUAUACAUACUGUUAUUAUUAUUAUUAUUAUUAUUAUUUUCCUCCUUUUUUCUUGGAGAGAGAAUCAGUGAAUGCUUGCCAAUUGGUUGGUAAAUAGCUGUUUUCGGAUGCUCCUGAGUGUGUCAGGUCAAAUGCCUUGAUACUCAUUACCCUGUUUUUUUCUUGAUAUGGAAACACAAAAUACUAUGUAGUGGAAAUCCUUCCUCGCUAAAGUGCAGGGGUUUCAAAAUUGGCGCAUCUUAGACCAAAGCAUCAGUGCGAUUUUUUUUUUUUUUUUUGGGUGUCAGUAGCAAAAGCAACUGUGAGAAUUAAAGCAUCAUUUUAGGUUGAGACUUUCUUGCAUUGAGUUAUCACAGGUUUAUGAAUUGACCUCGGAAAUAGAUGUCAGUAAACAGUACAUUGACUGAUUCAUACGUGCAGAAAUAACGCUCGUAACAUUGCACCUAUUUUUUUGGCAGAGAGGAGGAUUGGCGUUCUGUCUCUAAAUUCUGCAUAAAUGGAUUAGGAACGGAAGUUGUACAGCUGACUGAGGCUAGUAUGAUCGCCUUCUCUUUGCUAUUUCUCUUUGUGCCCAGCUAUGGCUCUGUGUAUUUAUUUGGAUGGAUGGAAGCAAAUAAAAAUGGUUGGUUGUACUUUAAAAAAAAAAAAAAACUGUACAUUGUUUUAGUUUGAGGAUAUACCUAGAAUCAGGCUAGCUGAGGCUCAGAUGGUGAACACACCUGAUGCCCCUGCAGAGGAGAUAAAAUUACUGUACAAGUUUUAAAGGUGUAAAAAAGAGGAAAAGGAGGUAGUGACUUGUGAUCGUGACUGUACAGAUGUUGCCAGGUGGAGAGAGCCUUUGGUUUUUAGAGGAGGUGAGGGAUUUUUAAUGUAUUUGGAUCCAUUAUUUUUCCUUCUUUUAAAGUACUUUUCCCCA